UUUUUUUGGUUUUUGUUAUUUCCUUUUGACUACAAAUAAUUCCCUAAUUCCUUAUCUCUCGUCUUUUUUUCUCUUCUCUUCUUCCUCUUCUUGUCUUUCUUUUGCAUGUAUACAAUGGCAAACAGCUUAUUACGCUCACCUCCACUAUUACCAACGGAUAAGAAUUCCUCUGAUCUCACCGCUAUAAAUACCGCCGCUCCAACAGAAGAUAAGAAGACCCAAACCACUCCACCAAAGACUCCACCAGGUGAAAGAGCAAAUUCUUCGGAAUAUGCAUCAAGGCUUGUCGGUCAAGGAGAGUUUGAGCCAGAACAACAUUUUUAUCCACGUGUAUUGAAUGCUCAGAUCCAUCCCCUCGUUCAAUCAUUCUUUACCUUGGGUAACGAGCGUAUUAUUGCUCGAUAUACGCAUCUGAAUCCCUCUGUCAAAAGUGAAGAUUUGAGGAAUAUUCUUUCUUAUUCACCCAAGCAUUUUCAAUGGGCAGGUUCUGACUUGUUUAAUGUCACCACAGCCUCUGGUCAUCGUCAAAUGAUCGUCAUUGAAACCAACUCUUGUCCUUCAGGUCAAAAGUCAAUGCCAUUGUUGUCGGAGACGGAUGAGCAGGGUGGUUACCGUGUCGUAAUGGAAACUGCCUUUAAAGACCAGCUUUCAAAAGCAGAUCCCAGUUUAGGCGGUUUGGCUGUGGUUUGUGAUAAGAAUAUGAUGGAAUCAAGCGGUUAUGCCGCCGUGUUGGCUGACGUAGCGAAAGAACAUGUUUGGCUGGUGGAAUGGCAUGUAAAUGACCCCGACCCAGAUAUCAAAUGGGUGGACCGUGUCUUAUACGUCCGUGAUCAACAAAAAGAAUGGCAUCCCAUUCGAGCCUGCUUUCGCUAUUUGACACAAAAACCUUGGAAUCGCUUUCCGCUAAAGACAAAAACAAUCGUCAUGAACCAAAUUAUCAGUUGCCUCGCCGGUGGUCGCAAUAAGAUGAUGGCAGCCAGAGCGUACGAUUUUUAUAACAAGGAUAUCGUCUGCACCGGUCUUAGUAUCAAGACACCAGAGACAAUUAAUAACGUUACCUUGGGUGAAAUACCUUUAUGGAUCAAUUCAAUGGGUGGGCAUGCUGUGCUUAAAGUUCCAUACAGUAACGCCGGCCAAGGUGUCUAUACAAUUACCAACAAGAAGGAAUUGGAUGACUUUAUGAACAUAGAACAUCAUUAUGAUAAGUUCAUUGUUCAGUCUCUUGUGGGUAACGCUUCCUGGUCUAGUGUCACUACAGCCGGAAAAUUUUAUCAUGUUGGUACUAUCCCGAAUAAGAAGAGUAACACAUUUGUAAGCGAUCUACGUAUGAUGGUGACAGGCAGUGAUCAAGGAUUUAGACCUAUUUGCAUUUAUGGACGGAAAGCAAGAUUACCUCUCACUGGAGAGCUUGACCCAGAGGCCAACACUUGGGAUAUGCUUGGUACAAAUCUGUCCAUCAAACUGCCUGAUGGUGGCUGGACUACAGAUUCUUCUAGAUUGAUUUUGAUGGAUAGAAAAGACUUCAAUCAGUUGGGCCUGGGCAUUGACGAUCUCAUAGACGCCUAUAUUCAAACAGUUUUGGCAGUCAUAGCUAUUGACCGUAUGGCAACACGAUUGAUGGCUAAUGGCGAGUUUGACUACAAUCUAUUCCAAAGUUUGAACCCUGAUAACGCUUUGAUGGACGAGAUCAGAGAAGCCAACGGAGACUUUUCAAAGUAAACUACGUUCUUACGUGUAAAAAUACUUUCACUCUCCCCUCAUAUAGUACAACCUCCUGGUAAAAAAGAAAGAGAAAGAAAUCCUUUUAUUUUUAUCAUUACCACAUUUGCAUUAAUACAUAGUGAGACAGCUUAUAAUGAUAGCUGUACUGUGCCGCGCUACUAAGUUUUCAUACAUCCAUUAUAGAAUACAUAUGUACAUACAAUAGAAAAAAAAAAAAGAAAGGAAAACUCAUCAAGGAAUCAGGUCCCACUUAUGCAAAGACGAGUCAGUGAUCUUUGUCUUCUAUAUAAUACUCUCUAACUGUAGCAUAUGUUGCGUUUAUCUGUUCAAAUUCAUUCAUCCGUCGUUUAGAUCGUUCGGUCAUACAUAACCCUUUGCUUAAAAACAAAAAAUCAAAAAAUGCUAUAUUGAGAACAUAUUGUCUCAAUUUACUCUGCAUGCUAAUUACCUGAUCCUAUUAACUAUAUACACAUAUAAAUCGUAG